AGCUCCUUUCAUUUCAAGCGCAUUCCCUGAUAGUCUCACUCUUGUCACUCUUGUCUCUGGGACAAGGCCUUAUGAACUUUGGCACCUUUCAAGGUCUGCAUUUCUUGCGACUCCUGUGUGAAAGUGCUGCAACAGCUGAAAAACCGAAGAGAAAAUGGUGCUGCAACCCCUGUACUCGCGCACAUCGCGAGUUGGGGUGAAGAAACAGGGCAAUUGAAGAAGUUUGAUGUUUUGCAUUGUGCAUGUCAUCACAGCUUCCGUGCCUCGGUGCACUUUGACUUUGGCUCAAGCCGACUCUGCCUCUCAAGUCGACGGUUCUCGCUUGCGGCCCUCUGGUUUGGACAUAUGGUGCAGCCGCAGCCUUCAGCAUUUCUGCCACGACGAGCGCCUUUGACAAAUGAGUCAGACUGGCUGAGGCUUUGCGUGAUCGGCUGGGCCGCGUUUCUUGUGACGCUACUUGUUCUGUUGAUGGCGAUCAGAGAGUGGAAGGAAUUGAAGGAGCGACUGGGAAGUCAGGUAAGUCGUAUGUGGAGGCUUGCCAAGAGCGGAGCUAUGUUGGAACGCGCGUGGGUGCAGGAUAGUCAAGAGUCUUUGGAGAAACUUUGUUCCCGCCAAGAAUUGCUGGAGAACGUGCGAGCCGCCUUGGAGUGCGGUCAGACUUUCGUCAUUGAUCCUGGCAUGGUGGCUACAAGUUUUGAGAAAGACAUGCUGAGGGCAUGCGAGAAAACACUUUACAACCGCAUGGAAAUCACACCCCAGCCCUGGAUGGAGUCCAGUCAAAACAAUGCAUUGUUUGCUGUCCGCACUUUUGGGGGGCUGGUGUGGAGAUGGUUGACGCCAACCCUUGUCGAGCUGAUAAGUUGCGGGAGCUGCGGGUGCAGUGCAGGCGCAACGUUGGUGCAAGCCAUGCAACAAAAAGUCGCGGCUCAAGGCGCAAGGUUUCUCAUAUUGAAAGCACUCAGCGACAGCGAAGAUUUUUGGACAAAACAAGGCUUCGAACAUUUUACUGCCGGAGGGGCUUUGACUUGGUGGCACAGUUGCCCAGAAGCAGAUCAAGCAGCUGUUCUGGGAUUCUAUGAGCAUUCCUCACCCAAGACUUUUGUCAUGCGAUUGCCGUCAAUGCAAGAGGAUGCCGUCUGAGCGUUCAGAACUUGCAUACGAAGCCGGGAUGCAAUGGCUUGGCCGUCAUUUCGAACUGGAAGUUGCAGCAACUUCUCCAGGGCUGUGCGAGAUGGCUGAUUGGAGACAGUUCGGAAGCGCGGGCGCAUCUUUCAGGCGGAUUUCAAUCAGAGCCUUGCUGUUGGCUUUGUGCAGCACAGAACCUCCCGCG